CGUUCGAAGCAACGUCCUCCGCAGCACCACAACUCCUCGCAAACUCCGGAUAAAACUCCUCAUCAUCCUCCUCACUCGCUCCGCCACUCCUGCCUUGCCUCCCUCCCUCCCUCCCCAUGGAGGCCUCCGCCCCCGCGGCCCUCCUCCCCUUGCUCGCCUCCCCCACGCGCUUCCUCCACCUCCCUCUGCGCUCCUCCGCCCGCCGCCACGGACGCGGGAGCGGUGGCGGCCUCCUGCUCGGCCUGUCCUCGCCCCUCCGGAGGCAGGACCCGGGCUCUCGCUCCCGCCGCAGGACGACCUGCUUCUCGUCGAGCGGGGGCCCAACGGACGUCCUUCUGGGCGGCGGCUCGUUGGUCGCCGCCGCGGCGCUCCUCGCCGCUUUGCAGGUGGUGCGGCUUCAGUGGCGCGGGGCGGGGCACGGCGAUUCCCCUGAGGUUUUGUGUGAAGAUGACAAAAGCAUUGUAAAUAAGGCCCUUGGUAUAAUAAAAUUAGUAUAUGACACUAAUUGUGCACCACAGGCAACUCAUGGAAAUGGCUUUUCGGUUCAAUGUGUUUCUGGAAGAAUGACUGUUGAUCAAAUAGAUUGCAAGGCUUGCAGUUUCUCAAGUGUAAAUAUUGUCCAAAAGGAAACACAGGCGUCUAUAACUACUCCUUGGACAUCACUAGAUACAUUAGUAGAUAUUUCUAGACUAGAAGAUGUUUGUUGCUCAACUCCAACUGCAAAAACAAGUUCUAUCAAAAAGGAUACAAGUGUUCAUGUGAUGCCACAUUCUGUAUUAGGACAAGAUAAAAGCAUGUAUGUCUCUGACAGAAUGGGCCGGGCAGGUGGACUCCCUCAUCAAUUUUUAUCAUUUUUGGGACAGAAAAAGGUGAUUCAAAAUGGCCAAGGUCAUACUGAUAAGGCAACAGAUAAUGAGGAUUCUAAUUUAGUUGGAUGCCAUCAGAGUGAUCAAGAGGAACUUAUUGAUUUGGUGUCUCUUUCGUCCUUCAAAAGAAUAGCAGAAAAUCAUAAAAAAUUUGUUCCCUUGGCCAGCAACAGCAAUUUGCUCGAACCAAGAAAAGCACUUGAAUUCUCAAACUCAUAUGUCAGAUGCUCUUAUUUACCAGCAGGGUGGUUCGCUCCAGUUGCAUGCUUAAGGGAAGGUCCUGUGAGUAAACAAAAGAAGGGAGUGAAGGACCACGAUGAUGCAAUGCCCACUGGCUGGAGUAUUUCAAACAUACUAAACAAGGAGAAUCCAGAUAACUUCACUCCAGUAAAGAGAGGUGGAUUGAUGAGCACGAAGGAUACAUUAGAUUACUUGAGGAGAUACAAUAAUUUCUUGAUGGAUGGAAGGUUGAAAGACUGUGUAGAUUUGUUAGAAAGCAUGGAGCAGAAGGGAUUGCUUGAUAUUAAAAAGAUCCACCAUGCCAGUUUUUUUGGCUUGUGUAAGAAGCAAAGGACUGUCUUGGAGGCUCUUCGCUUUUGCAGAUUGAUUGACAACCCAAAAAUGAGUACAUUCAAUAUGCUUUUGUCCGUGUGUGCUAAUUCACAGGAUUUUGAUGGAGCACUCCAAGUUAUGGAGCUCCUAAAGGAAGCUGGGCUGAAACCUGAUUGUAAACUUUACACCACAUUGAUAUCAACUUGUGCAAAGUGUGGAAAAGUUGAUGCCAUGUUUGAGGUCUUCCAUGAGAUGGUUAGUGCUGGCAUAGAGCCUAAUGUUAACACAUACAGUGCACUAAUUGAUGGCUGUGCUAGAGCUGGACAAGUGGCAAAAGCAUUUGGUGCUUAUGGGAUCAUGAGUUCAAAGAAGGUGAAGCCAGAUCGAGUUGUCUUCAAUGCUUUGAUCAGUGCAUGCGGUGAAUCCGGAGCGGUGGCUCGGGCUUUUGAUGUUUUAUCAGAAAUGACAGCAGAAUCAUCAGAAUCUAAAGGAACCAAACCGAUUCUCCCUGAUCAUGUCACUGUUGGAGCGCUGAUGAAGACAUGUAUUCAGGCUGGACAGGCUGAUCGAGCCCGUGAGGUUUACAAAAUGCUUCAGGAGUACAAUAUAAAGGGUACACCAGAAGUUUACACAAUUGCAUUGAGAAGCUGCAGCUUGACUGGUGAUUUAGGGUUUGCGCUGAAGAUAUAUGAAGAUAUGAACAAGAUUGGAGUAAAACCUGAUGAGAUGUUUUUGAGUGCUCUAGUUGAUGUAGCUGGCCAUGCUAGGAGGGCAGAUGCUGCCUUUGAAAUAAUGAAAGAUGCAAGAGCAAAGGGUUUACAGGUUGGAACCAUCGCAUACAGUUCGUUAAUGGGUGCUUGCUGCAAUGCCAAGGACUGGAAGAAGGCACUGCAGCUAUACGAGGAGAUUAAGUCGAUCAAAUUGAUCCCAACAGUUUCAAUGAUGAAUGCUUUGAUCACCUCACUGUGUAUGUGUGAUGGUGAUAAAGUUUUAAAGGCUGUUGAUGUCCUUAACGAGAUGAAAAGAUCAGGUGUCCACCCGAAUGAGAUAACAUAUUCUGUGUUAUUUGUAGCUUGCGAAAGAAACGGCGAAGCACAACUAGGUUUGGAUCUAUUUGAACAAUUAAAAAUAGAUGGUAUUGGCCUCAAUCCCACCAUUGUCGGUUGUCUUACUGGUUUGUGUCUACAAAUGUUUGACUAUGAUCUCUCACUUGGAAAUAUCAUCGUCAAAUUCAACUUAGGCAAACCACAAGUUGACAACAUAUGGACUUCCUCAGCAAUUAGGGUGUACCGUGAAGCAAUUUCUGCCUGGAUAUUACCCUCAAGUGAUGUUUUAUCUCAAGUGUUGGGAUGUUUGAGGCUUCCUCAUGAUAGUUCGCUGAAAAAUACUUUCAUUGAAAACAUGGGAAUAAGUUGUGAUAUUCCACAGCAUCCCAAUGUAAAUUCCCUUUUUGAAGGAUUUGGGGAAUAUGAUAUUCGUGCUUUUUCAAUACUGGAGGAAGCUGCUUCAUUAGGAGCAGUUGAAAGUAUUUCCAUGAAAGAUGCCCGGAUUGUUAUUGAUGCAAGAAAGUCGAAGAUAUACACAGUCGAGGUAUCUCUACUUACAACAUUGAGGUCUUUGAAGCAUCGACUCGCUGCAGGUGCAAGAUUACCAAACGUGACAAUCUUAUUACCCACCGAAAAGAAACAAGUUGACCUUGAUGAAAGAGAGAAGACAAUUAAACUUGCUGGGAGAAUCGGUCAAGCUGUUGGUGCCCUCCUGAGGCGAUUAGGAAUUUCAUAUCAAGGGGAGGAGUCUCACGGGAGGAUGAGGAUCAAUGGCCUCACCUUAAGAAGGUGGUUCAAUCCGAAAUUGAAGAGCACAUCCUCCACUGCAGCACCAGCUGACUUGCUUCCACUACCAUCGCGGUUAGCUAAAGGGAUAGCUGAUCAGCAACGCGAAAUCAGAAAUCUUUCUCUUGAGUAGUACAUGACUAUCCAGCAGAAACCGAUCUCAAUAACUGAUGUGACAAGAAGUUCAGGAUGGUAAAAACUGUGAAGAGUUUGUUCAAAGGAAAGAUAUACACAAUACAUACAAUCUGCGAAGAGGUUAUUCAAAGGAAAGAAAUACAGGAUACAUCAAACUUUUGUUCAUAAGGGAAUUCAAUUUUCAGAGUAUGAAGCAAUUUUGUCCCUUACAAGUUGAAUGCGCUUCCUAGCAUUGACAAGCUUAUAAGUUGUUUCAACCAACACAUCGUGGGCUUGUUUGAAUGCAGGAUUAGGUCCAAUUCCCUUGGAUUGUAAGGAAGAAAUGAACUUAUUCCUAACAAGGGAUUGGGUCAGAUGCCUGCCUGUCCAAACAUGGCAUAAUGAUUACACUUGUCUCUGCGAUUUCCUGUACAAGUUAUGUAUGAAACUAGGGAUUUUUACGGUACAAGUGAACACGAGUCAUCCAUUGCGAAUU